CCGGUUCGACACACCAUCGAGUUGGUCGAGGGUGUCGUUCCUCCAAAGGGCUGCGUAUACCGUAUGGGACCCGGCGAGUUGGAGGAACUCCGGCGGCAGAUCGAUGAGAUGAUCGACAAAGGGUGGAUCAAACCAAGCGAAUCUGAAUUUGGUGCUCCCUUGUUGUUUGUGCCAAAGAAAGGAGGCAAACUCCGCAUGUGUAUUGACUAUCGCGGUCUAAACCGCAUCACAAGAAAGAAUGCUUACCCAUUGCCUCGUAUAGAUGACUUGCUUGAUGCHGCAGGCRGGUGCAAGGUCUUCUCCAAGAUCGAUCUCAAGUCUGGCUACCACCAGAUUGAAGUCGAUCCUGCGGACCAGCACAAGACUGCGUUCAAGACGCGCGAUGGGCUUUAUGAGUUUAUCGUAAUGCCCUUCGGUCUUACGAACGCACCAGCCACGUUCCAAAGCCUCAUGGACAAGGUCCUCCGCGAACAGAUUGGCCGGUUUGUGGUAGUGUACCUGGACGAUAUCCUGAUUUUCAGCAAGUCCAUGGAGGAACACCUCAAGCAUCUUGAGGAGGUACUUGCUGUCCUCAAGAAGAUGCAGCUCCAUCUCAACUUGGAGAAAUCCGAGUUUGGGAGGGAUAGCGUCAUCUAUCUUGGGCACCGGUUGUCUGCUGCGGGCCUAGAGCCUGAGGCAACCAAGAUUGAGGUCAUACGCGAUUGGCCUCAACCUGUGAACAUUCAUGAAUUGCGUUCUUUUCUUGGUCUCGCGUCGUACUAUCGGAAGUUUGUACCCCGUUUUUCUAUCAUUGCUCAUCCAUUGUCGCGACUAACCAGCAAGAAUGUGUCUUAUUCCUGGGAUGCCGCGUAUGUGGUGGUCACGGAUGCCAUGGAGGAACACACCGAGACCAAGGGCGACACAACGGCUGCGGUGGCCACGGAUGCCAUGGAGGAACACACCGAGACCAAGGGCGACACAACAGCUGCGGGUCGAGUUGCUCCCACGGAAUCAAUCGUAGAAGCAACCAAGGCCGAUGAGGAAGAGGCUGCGAACCGAAAAGGGGCAGCCAGGGUCACAAACGGCAUGGAAGGGGUUACUAAGACUGAUGAGGACGUAGGUGCGGCAGAGGCAGGUAAUGAAGAAGAGGCUGUGAUAGGUGUGACAGGUGCCGAUAAUAAAGAAGGGGUUGUGACAGGCGUAGUCCGAGGACAUGCCACGUCAGCAGUGCCAUGUCAGCAACAGUGCCACGUCAGCCACAGUGCCACGUCAGCAGUGCCACAUCAGCAACAGUGCCACGUCAGCAGUGCCAUGUCAGCAGUGCCACAUCAGCCACAGUGCCAUGUCAGCAGUGCCACAGUGCCACGUCAGCAGUGCCCCGCCACCAUGACAGGCUCAGCUCUGGGCAUGCCAGGCCAACUGGCCAACGAGUCCACUGCCGAGUACAAACAACGGUUCCAGACUCAGCUCGCACUGAUCGAGGCUGAGGAACAGCGCCAGGUGGCAGCCGAGGCUGUCCGCCUACAGGCUGAAGCGGCGGCAACAGCUGAGAAACAGCGACUUCAAGCCGAAGCUGAAGCAGAUACCCAUGCACGCCGCAAGGAGGCCCAGGAUCUGCUACAGCGGCAUGAAGCCACCAGCAUAGAAAAGCUCAAGUUUUGGCACUUUGAACCUUCCGAGGAGCACGACGACGCGACACCGGAGGAGCAGCAUAAGGAACUUUUGGCCAAGCUCGUGACCCGGUUGGUUUACACCUGUAACCACCUGCAGUCCGAGCUGGCGAAUCUCCAGAGGGCCGUGCGGAACCACAAGGCUCAGCACGAGGAUGCAGCACGGGCACUUGAUUCCCGUGUACAGGACUUGGAGCAAACUGCACCAAGACUGGAGGCUGGUGAAUCCAGCAGUGCACCCUCUGCCCGCCAACUAGAGGAACGCGUCGAUCACGUAGUAGCAAUGCUAGGUGAUAUUAACACCUUCACAGCGCCAGCCACCAUCAGCCAGCAGCUGGACACACUGAAGACCGAGAUCAGGCAGCGACAACAGCCGUCUGACCCCGAUCACAGCACCAGCACGGCGAAGCAUUACAAGAUGCCGACGUUCCGGAUCGAGAAGUUUGAUGAUUACACACAUCAAGACCCGGUCGUCUGGUGGCAAGGAUUCACAACGGAGUUGGGGAUCCAUGAGGUCCCCGAACAUCUGUUCAUCGGCGCACUGUUCCUUAACGCCAAGGGAGGAUGCCAGAUCUGGCUCAGCCAUAUGGCAACCGUCCACGGCGUCCAGGUCUUCGACCUACACAAGAAGGUCUCCUGGGAGGAUCUGACAAAAGAAUGGAAGAAGCGGCUCAUUGUGGACGUCGCCCCGGCGCUCGCCAUCAACCGCAUCUUCACGAUGGCUCAAGGAAACACAGCGACACGUGAUUGGCUCAUGGAUUGGCAGAUGAUCGUGGCAACGCCCGAUCUGGACUUGCCAUUCCCGCAUCUGCGCCGGGAGUUCUACAACCGGUCAUGCGCCGCUUUGAGCCUCGCGCUUGGUGAUCGCGAGCCGUACAACACCUUCGCCGAAAUCAUCAACAAGGCGAGGGAGAUCAUCAAGACAAACAGGGCGGCUGCACACGAGAAGUCAACGUGGCAGCCAACCUAUGUGGAGAAGGUGAGAACUGGUCCACGGCCGCAGCAUGUCGCUGCAGUCCAAACGGACAACAUUGUGGAAGACCCGACAGCCACCCAAGCGUCACGUGAGGGAGAUCAGGUGGCUGCUGUCCAGCCACGAAGCAACAACAAGUCCCGAGGAAACGGGAAGGAGAAAACCGCAUCGCCGGCCGGAAACGGACAGCCAGCACCAUGGGUCAAGUUUCACUUGACCGAGGCGAAAUACAAGUGGCGCGGCCGCUACGGCUGCUGCUAUUGGUGCAACAGCACCAAGCACAAGACCUCCCAAUGCCUAGAUCAAGGCAAGGAGGAUGUUCGGCCUUCUUCGCCGCCAUCUAUCGCCGGGGAUUCAACGUCAUGGUCAAGACUUGAAGAGCUCGACCCGUUGCUGUUUGCGGACUUCCAAUGGAUGCCCCUUCCUCAGUCCGGUCGAUUGCCGAAACUGCAUUGCAACGUGCUCAUGGCACAAUUGCGGGAUUACUUGCACACUGCAGUACCAACUCCGUUGAUGAACGCCGGAGUAGAGGUUGUCGACCUUCACGACUACAUUGCGAAGAUCGACCGCGAGUUCAAAACACAACGGUACGACGACAUCGACGCACCAUUGUUAUAUGUACGCAUUCAGAUCGGAGAGGCGACCUGCAGCGCUUUGAUCGAUUGCGGAGCAUCUCGCAAUUACAUGACACAGGACUUUAUGGUACGCGCCGGCCUUGGCCCACGCGUCCGGAGGAAGUCCCAGCCUACGCAAGUCACGUUGGCAGACGGUCACACGCACAAGUCAAUCGACCGGUGCAUAGAUGACGUCCCCGUGUACUUUGCCCCGCAUGCAAGCGAGGCGGUGUCCUUCAAUAUCUUGGACACCAAAUUCGACAUGAUCUUGGGCAUGUCAUGGGUGCGAAGCAAGGAUCACCCAGUGAACUUCUACCGCCGCACCGUUCACGUUCGUGAUCGGAACGGAGUACUAGUCCCAUGCACGGUGGCUCCUCCUCACCCUUCGAUCAGCUGCCACGUGGUGUCCGCCGCAAGCAUGCGAGCUUCCAUCAUCAGAGACGACAUCGAGGAGAUGGGGGUGUGUUUUCUCCACGCCCUCCCGCCCCAUGACGCUUCAUCGACGGACUCAUCUUCGGACCCACGCAUCACCGAGCUUCUCGACACCUACGGCAACGUGUUCGAAAGCCCGCACGGAGUAGUGCCGGAUCGACCCAUCCGCCACGAGAUCAUCCUCGAGGACGAGGCUGUACCUCCGCGCGGUUGCAUCUACCGAAUGAGCGAGGAAGAGUUAAGUGUGCUACGGGCACAACUCGACGACCUUCUGGAGAAUGGCUGGAUUCGGCCUAGCUCAUCGCCAUACGGUGCUUCCGUUCUCUUCGUCCAGAAGAAGAACAAGGAUUUGCGGUUGUGCAUCGAUUAUCGCAAGCUCAACGCGCAAACGAUCAGAAACGCCGGCCCUCUUCCACGCAUCGACGACCUCCUCGAACGGCUGGGCGGCGCCAGCUAUCUUCGGAUCACCCGCCGGCCAGCCACUAUCGCAUUGCCGACAGGUACUUGCUCCUCCACUCGAGAGGCAAGGACUUACUAUGUGUCCCACGAGACCGUCGUCUUCGGACUCGCCUUCUCGACGAGUAUCAUGAUUCGCGACUCACCGGCCAUUUCGGAGUCAACCGCACCAUUGCACGGCUUCGACAACGAUUCCGAUGGCCCGACCUCAUUACCUUUCACUCGGUAUUGCGACUCUUGCGAAGUUUGCCGACGAAGCAAGCCCCACAAUCGCAACCCCUACGGCGAGUUGCGCCCGAUGCCUAUCCCACGGGAACCCGGCCUCUCCAUUGCCAUGGAUGUCACCGGACCAUUUCCCCGCGAUCGCCUCGGGCACUACGGCAUCCUCACAGUUGUGGACCGUUUGAGUAAGUACGCGCAUUUUCUCCCUUGCAAGUACUACUCCACGGCUCCCGAGCUGGCACGCCUCUUGCACACCGGCUGGAUUUGUGGCCACGGUGUACCGGAAGACAUAGUCAGCGACCGCGACACUCGCUUCAUGUCGGCAUUUUGGACUGCUCUCAUGCAGGAGUCCGGCACGAAGAUGAAACCAAGUUCGGCUCGGCAUCCACAGACGGACGGGCAAACGGAGCGGGCACAUCAAACCGCUCAAAUGAUGCUUCGUACGCUCAUCCGUCCGGACAAGAAAGAUUGGGUUGACCGCCUCCCCGACAUCGAGUUCGCCUACAACACUUCGAUGCACCCGACGAUCGGCGUGACUCCAUUCGAGUUGCACCACGGUGGACAGAAAGGCCGUAUCUUCGCCGACCUUCUCCUCCCACGACCAGCCGACAUCGACGCUGCUUGCUCUCCCGCUUCCGUUCGGAAGUACAGGGAAUUGCUGGCUCAAGCCCGAGCGAAUAUGCAAAAGGCUCAAGUUCGCAUGCAACAACAAGCCAACAGGCGUCGCGUGCCAUGUCCCAUCCGCGUCGGUGAUCUGGUUUGGGUCUCCGCGGAAGAGUUUGCACUGGAACAGGAUGUUUCACGCAAACUGCUUCCCAAGUGGUUUGGACCAUGGCCUGUAACAUCAGCCGCGGGCGAUGAGCCCGAUGGCCCUUUAUUUGUGAUCAACAUCCCCCCGCAUGUGAUGGUCCAUCCAGUCUUUCACGCCUCGAAGUUGGCAACAUAUACACCAGCUAAGAGCGACGACUUCUCGAGCCGACGAUCGCAGGACCCUCCAUCUAUGGAUGGUCAUCAAGAAGUUGACCGCGUCAUCAAGGAUCGCAAGUACGGCAGUAAGCCUCAACAGUACAAAGUUACAUUCAAAGCAUGCGAUCCCGACGACACUCGGUGGAUUUCAGGAACAGAGUUGAAAGCAUCCGCACCGCUGAUCUACGCUCACUACGAGCGAAAAGGUAGAUCGACUUUGGUGGCAGGGGUCGGAAGAGUGGAUAGGCCCUGGAGGUCAAUACUGUUGCGGUCGGGCGUUUGGUUGUUGGUGGUGCCGCUUGUGGCUUUCGGUAGGGAUAGACGAGGGAGAGUGGUUCAGGGAUCGGUGGACUUGACGGUUAAGGGUUUCCUCUACUACCAAACGUCGGUACUCUCGGAAAUCAUUCGUAGGGCGGUGGAGCAAGGCACGCGCGAUAAGAACCUUGGGGUAAUACCUAGUCUUGAUCAGUAUACGUGGGAGUACGAAACUCCCGCUAUAGACGUACUUCAGGACGUGGUGGAGAGAUACCGGGAGGAGGAGCUCCGCUUAAGGGGAGCGUUUCGAUCAGUCAAGGUGUCUCUCCGUCUAGCUCGGGGAGGGUUCCUACCACACUCGGAGAAGGCAUUGAGGCUCCCCAUUCCGCUAUUUGUCUUGGAGGAGUAUCUUGGAGGGCUUGACCGGUUGGUCCAGGUACACCUAAAUUUUCUAGAAAUACAAGACCUCCUACACAGUGGUGACGAACACCACGGCUAUUACGCUCUCUGGAAGAAGGGGCCCCGGUUUGGCAACGAAGGUCUAGAACUAGUUGAGCUGAUUAGAGCAGCUUCACCUAGGAGCUUGAGGCGAGCACCUGACCAGGACCAACCGGUUGAAUUCUGGGCCACCCUCGAGAGGGGUAUACGGGAGCCACCUAGUCAUCUAGCAGGGUUGGCAGAGCUGUUUAGUGGAAGGGGGUUCGACCCAUCGGUUAGGGAGGCGUCUCUCCUGGGGUUCUUCGAGCUGCAUUCGUAUUAUAGGCGAGUCGGGAACUGGGACGAGGACGAGGAAGAGGAGCAUCAGCAGGAAGACUGGCCUGAGGAACCGUUAUUCGUCAACGAAGAGGAAAUGUGGGAAGUGCAAUGGCCACGGUUGGGGGCCUAGAGUGAGCAUGGUAGGGAACUCUAUGUCGAGGGACGUGCAAGUCGGGAAUGAGAAGACGAUAGAAAAUGGGAAAUGGCUGGUUACUGCGCUAGGAUUACGACUGCCCUGGACGCCUUAGUCCCCUUUACUAGUGGGGGGGCCUUCCCUUACAAAAUAGAGAGUUGUAUAUCUCUAGAAGAAAGUCAUGCUCCGGGGAAAGCUUAUGUCUUGGUAAUAAAGCAUCUCGACACGG